CUCAGCCAGAGAAAGCAAGUAUAUAUAUGUGGCUUGAUAUUUUCAGUAUUGCGUCGGCAAUCGAUAAAGUCAACAUGUUGGCAGUUGCUCUGUUGAUGUUGUGUGCAGUGAGUACCCAGGCAUUGGACAAUGGCCUAGGAAGGACGCCUCCUAUGGGAUGGAUGACAUGGGAACGAUUCCGUUGCAAUACCGACUGCAAGAAUGAUCCCUACAAUUGUGUCAGUGAAAAGCUUGUGAUGCAAAUGGCAGAUCGUAUGGUUGAAGAUGGUUACAAAGAUGCUGGAUACCAGUACAUCAACAUAGAUGACUGCUGGAGUAAUAAACAACGUGAUGCUCAAGGAAGACUUCAGUCAGACCCGGUACGCUUCCCGAGUGGAAUCAAAGCUCUGGCUGAUUAUGUCCACAGCAGAGGUCUAAAGUUUGGUAUCUACGGUGAUUACGGAACCAAGACAUGUGGUGGAUACCCAGGCAGCUUGAAUCAUCUUGAGCUCGAUGCCCAGACGUUUGCCAGCUGGGGUGUCGAUAGUCUAAAACUUGAUGGAUGUUAUUCUAAUGUAUCAACAAUGAAGACGGGAUACCCUGAGAUGACUAAAUACUUGAAUGCUACCGGCCGUCCGAUUCUCUUUUCCUGCAGCUGGCCUGACUAUGAACGAGCUUUCCAUAUCCCUAUCAAUUACACUUCAGUGGCUGAUAACUGUAACAUCUGGCGUAACUACAAUGACAUUCAGGACUCUUGGGAUUCAGUAACAGGCAUUAUAAAGUAUUAUGGUGACAAUCAGAAGACACUUGUCCCAGUGGCUGGUCCUGGACACUUCAACGAUCCAGAUAUGUUAAUUAUUGGCAACAAAGGGUUGAAUGUGAACCAAUCUAACGCUCAGAUGGCUAUGUGGGCCAUCUUCGCCGCUCCUCUCUUGAUGUCCAACGAUCUACGCAAUAUCCAACCUGUCUACAGAGACAUCUUACUGAACAAGGAAGUCAUCCGGAUUAACCAAGAUCCUGCUGGCAAGAUGGGAAAGAAAAUGUUGGAGUUUGGAAAGUUCGUCCAAGUCUGGCUAAGGGCACUUAAUUUCCAGAACGGAGAAUGGGCUGUGGUGAUCCUCAACACCGACACAAAACCUCAAACUAUUUCGCUAAGAUUCAAAGAUCUCGGACUAACGUACAUUGGGUACGAGUUACGAGACGUCUUAAAUCAUAAGGAGAUUGGUCACAUAGGUCCUUACCAGGUCUACAACUUCACCGCACCUGCAACUGGAGCUCUCAUGCUGUAUUUAUACGACAGUAGUUAAACAAAGCUCCAUGGAAGGUCCUGACUUUGGUUUAUCUACAAAUAAAUGAGGAUCAGAAAAUAAAAAAAAGUACCGUAUUUUUUUAACCACAAGUCACAGCUUAUGAAUUGAAUUUUGAAUUACCCUUUUUGGGAUCUAAUAAAGAUUAAGAGAUGUUACAUUUUGCAUCAGGGAUAAAGAAUAUUAGUUUUGGUUUUUACCCAACCACCGAGGUGUGUUAGCCAGUUGUGUUAGCACUGCAACAAUUGUAGUUUUAUGCUCUUUAAUUGGCAACCUAAAGAUCGAGAUGAGAAAUUUCAAAGGUGUACUUUAAACUCUUUAUAGAGACCAUUCAUUUAUGUAUAAUUAUCAUACAAUGCCCAGACAUUGCUAAAAACUAUUGUUAACCAAAUUUUGUCAGUAAAAAUGUCAACAAAAAUAACUUGAACAGAAAACUUAGUUUUGUGUUUAGAAAUUGGGAUACUUUGUUAACAAACUACAUUGGACCAUAGAGAAAGUGACACAUAUAUGGACAUCACCUUUACUGAGACAUCUUGUGAAUGGAAUUAGGUCAAACCUUGCAGCUUGUGCGGCUGGCCACUAUGGGCGUUUGGGUACACGCUGCUUGUUGCCGUUAAAGAAUUAAACAAUCCUUUGAAAGGAAGUGGAUCAAAACACAUUUCAUGCGGAUUUAAGAUGAGCAUUUUACCUGUGAUUCAAAGAAAGUACUUUCGUGACAAUACCGACUCCACUUUGUCUCCAAGUUGACUCUCAAAGAUUUCACCCAGCAGCCAUCUUGAUCAUUCACUGUGCUGUAAGAAACUGAUACUUUCAUUGCUUUAAUUCACUGGUGCCCUGUUUUCAAUUCAUAUUAAUGGUGAUCAUGUGCAGCAUCAACAUGGACUGGACACUGCUAAAAAUGUUGGGAUCAAUGGCUUAUGGCUCUGGCUACAGCUGCUAUUGCGUGAAGCCUUGCCUGUGCAGGGCUAUUAAUGUUACUGUUGGCUGCUCUGGGAAUUUAAUAAUUUUUGUGGUUAAUCUGGGCAUAUAGCCAUUAUGGACACCAUUACAGUAGUGAUUAUCAAAAGCCACUCAAACUACACACAGCCAAUGCCAAAAGCUAUCCAAUCCAGACACAGCCAUAGCCAAGCUUCUCAAUCCAGACACAGCCAUAGCCAAAAGCUAUCCAAUCCAGACACAGCCAUAGCCAAGCUUCUCAAUCCAGACACAGCCAUAGCCAAAAGCUAUCCAAUCCAGACACAGCCAUAGCCAAGCUUCUCAAUCCAGACACAGCCAUAGCCAAAAGCUAUCCAAUCCAGACACAGCCAUAGCCAAGCUUCUCAUACCAGACACAGCCAUAGCCAAAAGCUAUCCAAUCCAGACACAGCCAUAGCCAAGCUCCUCAAUCCAGACACAGCUAUAGCCAAUCACAGGCGUAUUACUCGUGUGAGAUUCGAACCCACAAUCUUUGGAAUUCUAGAGCAGUGUCUUAAAUCCACAACCAUUAGGUCCCACUUACCUUCUUUCAUUUUUCUAUACAUCCAGCGCAACUCUACGGUUGAAAUAUGGGUUCGGACACUAGCUGGCUAUGAAGAAUACGCCCUGCUGUUUCUAAAUAAAGGAUCCAAGCCUAAAACAGUUAACGUUUCUCUGAAAGAGCUGGGUUUUACGUUCAGACCUGGAUUUGAAUUUGAGGAUGCAUUAGAUCACGGUAAAUUUAUUGGAGUAUUUGAUACAAUCAAAUAUUAUAAUUUUACUGUACCAGAAAGUGGGGUUUUGUUGUAUAAUUUGUACUUCAGUAGUUAAAGUAAUUUAAGUUUGAAUUUGACUAAAUUUUGGUAAUUUUGCAUUUGUUCAGUUUUGUUAAUUUUGUAAAAAUACGACAAGCAAACUUAAUCCAAACCAUAGUUUAAUAACUUGAUACAACCAAAUAUUAUAAUUUUACUGUACCAGAAAGUGGGGUUUUGUUGUACAACUUGUACUUCAGUAGUUGAAGUAAUUUAGGUCGAGUUUGAAUUUGAUUUAAAUUUUGCUAACUUUGUUCAUGUUUUGCAUUUAAUCAGUUUUGUGAAUUUUACUAAAUAUGAUGUGCAAAUUUGUUCCAAACCAUAGUUAACUUGAAAAAAUGUAUAUUGUGGUUUUCAUCUCAUGUAUGGUUUAAAAACAAUGUUUUUCUCUCUCCCCAAAGUAAUUUUGUUGACGACUAAAAUACCGGUUGUUUCUUGAUGGAUGUGGCAAAUGUCAAGACGACUUUGGGAGACGAGCUUAAAUAAAGAUAGAAAAUUAAAGUGUUUUUAUAAUGUAAUUUUUAAAAUUAAAAUAUUAAAAGAAAAACACUGAUUUUCAAACUAGUUUAUCAAAUGGUACAAAAGUGUUUAUUUCCAGGUACUUUAUCAAUGAAUUAGUUCCCAUGUGUUUAUGAAAAUAAAAGAAGAUACAUUCUCUCAUAGUAAAGUUUAAAUUGAUUUGAUUUGUUUUCUAGUUUAUACAACUUUGUCUAGUAAAGUUAAUAGUGAAUUUUGAAAUAUAACGCAAACAUCACAACAAUUGUCAAAUAUCUGGAAAAUUUCAGAAAUUGUAUUUUAUCCACUAAAAGUGUAUACUACUGAAUCCGUAUACGUUGUAUACUAACUUUGCAGUAACACCAUGUGUAUACAUGUCUUGCUAUAUAUUCUACUCUUCUAGUUUUUUUUCAGAAUUCAGGAUACUUCUCUAUUGACCCCUUGCACGCGCGCCACACGCUGCGACUGAUGCCACACUCACCAUGCUUAACGCACAGCAUAGAGUUAUAUAUGAAAACACACAGUGAAAUUGCCCGCCAGUAUGGCGCAUUCAAGAUUUUUCUGAUGAUGACGUCAGGUGAAAUGGGUCAAUACCCCAAAAUUACGCAGUGUGUGUUUUGAAUAAUAAAAUAAAUUGUAAAAGUUUUUGGUUAAGGCCUCCAGCUCAUCACAAAAACUGACAAAUGACAGCUUGAUUUUCUGUCAGUAAUUCACUCACCAUAAAAACUUAACCAAAAUACCAGGUUCCUUUGUGUUUUUCUGACUGAUAGUUUUUAUCCGUAAUACAAAAACUACAUAUUUUUAACUGAUUCAUUGAUUGUGAUUACUGAUAAUUUUUUACCAGUAAUUUAUAUUUGUUUCCAGUAAAAGUAAAUGCAAUAAGAGUAAAUCUAAUAUUGUGCUUAAUUUCAUGAAACUUGAUGUUCAAUUUCAUUAUUGAAAAACACACUUAUAAAAGUAAAAAUUGUAAACAAUUUUACAAAAGGUUUUCACUGAAAUGACUGGAUAAGUUUUACCUUAUAACCAAAGAAAAUAAUAAAAUUAAAUUACUAAUCGAAAGUGGUUAGAUUCAAAUUAUUAUUAUUAUUUUUUUUUUUUUUCUCAAAGUUUGAAUUAUUGGCCUCCCCUUCCCCUGCUCGAAAAGUCAAAAAGUCAAACUAUGAAUACCAAAUAACCAAAUUAUUCUUAGAAUACACCUUUGAUUUAACACCCAACUGAAUUGAGACAAUUUAUCGGAAAUAAUUUAUAAAACUUUGGUCAUUAAUUGUCACUAAUGACUGAUUUAUUGAUGAAAGUAUUCAUGGACUGAUAGCGGGUUUUUAGCAGCAGUCAGGCUUUAAUUAAAUACUGUUGCCCCAAACAAGACUUAAGCCAAGCACUACUUGUUUCUUAUCAGCAGACUUUGGGUUUUAUUCCCAGCUUUGACACCUUGUGUCAGUAUUGCAAGGCACUUUAAACCAUUAUUGCUCAGUCUUUGGAACGCUCCGCUGUAGGUUCCAUGCGCUGUGCAACGCACAUCAAAGAACCCAGUUACACUUUUCGCUAACAAAAGGGUUUGCCCAAAUAUUUCUGGCAGUGGCUGCUAAAUCCACACAGCAACUUGUAAACCUUUAUAAGAUGCUUCAGAAAGUAGUUGCAUAAUUCAAACAUUUGAAAAACCUGUCUUAAGAUGUUUGUUUUAGUUCCAGCGCCAUGAGUGUGUUAUCAGACAUGGAACUUUCUAUAAAA